AAAGGAGGAAGGAAGUAGGCGGCGGUAGGACCUGCCCGGCGAAUGGUGCUCCUGCCGGCACCCUGCGGGCGGCAGCGCGGGGAAGGCGAGCGCUGCGGGGGCCAGGACGGGCAGCCGGGGGUGGCUGUCUGUCCGUCUGUCUGUCUGUCAGGCAGGCGAGCGGGCCAGUUGGCGAGGGGCAACUAACGGGAUGGAUUGAUUGGUAAAGAUGGAGAGAGGCAGAGGAGGAGGAGGAGGAAAGAGUGUGGGGGGCUCUGGCCUACACAGGAGCAUUUACUCCCAGUCCCAGCAGCAGUAUCAUUAUCCUGCCUCCUCUUCUCAGGCGGGCUGCAUGGAGAUCCAGGAGCUGGCCUCCAAAAGAGUGGACAUCCAAAAAAAGAGGUUUUAUCUGGAUGUGAAGCAGAGUUCCCGAGGCCGCUUUUUGAAGAUAGCAGAAGUCUGGAUAGGAAGAGGCAGGCAGGACAAUAUCAGGAAAAGCAAGCUGACUCUCUCCUUGUCUGUGGCUGCUGAGUUAAAGGAUUGUCUGGGAGACUUCAUAGAACACUAUGCCCAUUUGGGCUUGAAGGGUAGCCAAAGCCACCGGAAUGAACAUGCUAAUGGCAAAGAGCAAGAUUCGAGAAGGCGGCAGCAUCACCCGGCAUCACCUCCAGCAUCUGUUGGAUCUGAAGAGCAUCUUCAUAGUGUCUUAAAAACAGAGUAUAUCGAAAGAGACAAUAGGAAGUAUUACCUAGACCUCAAGGAGAAUCAACGUGGGCGUUUCUUAAGAAUUAGACAGACAUUGAUUAGAGGACCUGGCAUGAUAGGAUAUUUUGGUCACAGUUUGGGACAGGAACAGACUAUUGUUCUUCCAGCACAGGGAAUGAUUGAGUUCAGGGAUGCUUUGGUCCAGCUCAUUGAAGAAUAUGGUGAAGGAGACAUAGAAGAACGGAGAAGUGGAGGCGAUGAGCCUCCUGAACUUCCUGAGGGGACUUCCUUCAGAGUGGACAACAAGAGGUUCUACUUUGAUGUGGGGUCUAACAGGUAUGGUAUUUUUUUGAAGGUAAGUGAAGUGAGACCUCCAUACCGUAACACCAUCACUGUCCCAUACAAAGCAUGGACAAGAUUUGGGGAAAACUUUAUCAAGUAUGAAGAGGAGAUGAGGAGAAUUUACAAUGGCCAUAAAGAGAAAAGAAUGGAUGCCAGAGGGGACAGUGGUGAAGAACAAGAGGGUCUUGAUUAGAAUUCAUUUCAACGGGCCAAGCAGCAAAAUAGAAAAUUGGCUAGAGGUACUGAUAUAUAGUGGUUGGAAGAAGUUGCCUUUCUUUUUGUAAGUUCUUCCCUGUUGUUAGUAAGUAACUCUGAUAUAUAUGAUACUUCAAGGAUCUGGUAAUUAUGUUAAAUUAUACCCAGCAACAUCAUUCUAAUUCUUGCAAAUAUAGUUAACCACCCAGGUUUAAACAAUUCUGAUAUGUAACCUCUACAAGACUAUGAAAAUUAUGUAUAAUAGCACUAAAUCUGUUGUUAUGACCUCUUAAAGAAUCUGUAUAAGGUUUGCAUUGCACUGUAAAGUGAUACAAGUAAGCCAGAUGGAUUUAAUAUCUUCUAAUAUUAACCAUAGAACAUUUAUGACCAAAACUGAUAUUUAAAUUAUAAAUACUUGUUUUGGAAAAGGCACCUUAAAUAAGUGUCUGCUGGUUAUCUUAUGGUAAAAAUAUUGAGAGGGGGAGAAAACUCAAACCUCUGUAUUGUAUUGGCCAGUAAUUAAUUUCAUUUUCACGUUUGAUUUAAAAGGUUGUUUCAGAUUAACAGUGAUCAUGAAUCAUUCUUUUUUUUUUUAAAUGGACAGCUUACAUCUUUUGAGGAGAGUUUAUUUAAAUAGUGUUACAAAUUUUUUCAAAAGCUAUUUUUAUAUUUGUGGUGUAAAGGGAUUCCAGCAAGUUGCUGUGAUGUGGGAAUUUGGUAGGCGAGUUAUAGUUGGAAUUGACAUUCUGAAUAGAGAGGCUAAAGGUAUAUGAAAUAUUAAAAAGUAUAAGAAACUUUUGUUUUGUCUGGGGAAAAAAAUACCUUGAGAGAUUUUGGUGCAUCACUUAAUUGGUAUCAAAUUUCAUUCUGGUGCAGUUGAAGCAUUCAGUGAUAGCUGAUGACAUUUCCCUGUAUUAAUCUUGCCAUUUACAUAUUUUAAUAUUCCAUACUGUUAUUUCAAAUUUUUUUUUAAAAGCAACCCUUGAAUUUUAUAAAAGCAGAUUUUAAUCUGGGGUCCGGGAGUUUUGUCUUUGAUCCACUAAAGCACGUGCUUUGGACCUUAAUGCUGUGUAUUUUCUUUUCUUUUAAAUAUUCUAUUUUACACAUACAUAAACAUAACCCUACAGUAGUUUUCCAUCAGAAAGACUCUCUGCAUAUGUGUUAGCAUUCUUACGUUGAAAUACUGAUUAUUUCUCAUAUUCAGAUGCUUGGCUACCCAAGCUCAGUUGAGACAUUAGCUUUAAUUUAUCCUACUUAAUUUUUUCAUUACCAUAUUAAAUGUAUGCUGUGCUCUUUUCCCCAUAUUACCCAGAGCUUUAUGUGAAGGGGGAGAGCAUAGUCCAGCAUUUAAUUGGGUCUUCAAUGCUGUUAAAAUUGUUCCCUCAACAAACAAAAGUCAAGAUGAGUUUGCACCAAAAUCACCAAAGGAACAUUAGAAAAGUGUGUUACAGUUGUGACAAAGAGAAGUAUGGACUUUAAUUUCACUGUUUUAGGUGAUUUCCCCCAGUCUAAGUGAGUUGGACCUGCUAAUUGUUGGUCUAGUUUAGAAAACAGCAGCAAAUGAACAUGUCUAACUUAAAAUGGUUUAUUUGAUUGUAUCUGAUUACCUGCUGGGCCAUGAUAAGUCACUGAAAGGUCACAGAAAUUCUGGUUUAUGCACUAGGUGAUGUUCCAAGCAUGUAGGAAAUGAGAAAGCAUUCUAUGUACUGUUGUUGAUGGCAGAGCUAUAGUGAAUUGCAUAAGCCUAAAUUACCAUAUUGCUGAUUUGCUGCUGUAUAUCCCAUUGCUAGUACUAAUGGCAAUAUUUUCAAGAGAUUCCAGGAUAUGGGAUCUGUGAAUGUAGGAACUCCUGAUGCUCACAUUCUCCCACACCCAUAUUGAUAAGGGGGACUUCUCCCAUCCAUUUGCAACAAACUUAAUUAUAAAGUAAUAUUUAUAUCUGUCUGCAUUCAUCUUGCACUCCCCUGAUCAACUUUUAAUUGCAAAAGAAAUGCUAUUAUCUGAUUAACUGGGGGCUAGGAAAAUAUAAUUGCUCCAUCCACAGGUAACUUAUUCUAGUUAACACACUGGCUUGAGUAAAUUUGUGUCACUGUUUUUAACUUUGUUUGGAUAAAUACAAAAGCAACCAGUGCUCAACUGUGAUUUAUCACCACCUGCAGAUUAUAGUGUCCCCUUUCUACCAGUUGAGGUGUCAUGCUCAUCAAAUCAACUAAUGCACUUAAGUGAGCAUGUGGGCAUCUGAGAUUGACUACACAUGAGCCUUAAAGUUGCCACUUCCUCUAGAUGGUAGACAUAUUGGUUUUGGUUUACCCAUAGGAAGUACUAGUUUUAUUUCGCAUAUUUGAAUUCAAUAAUUAUCUAGUCAGAUUUUUUUCAAAGCCAAGAGCUUAAAAUGGUGAUUUGGGAAAGAGUUUCUCUUUACAUCUGGCAGUCAUCCCCAUCUUUGGAGAGUGGCGAUAGCAUGUUGCGCAUUUGCAGAAGGGUCUGUUAUAAUGUAAAGAAAUAUUCUUUGCAGUCCCAAAAUGCCAUGUCCCUUAAACUUGAGAAAAACACAAGCUUAUUUGCACUAAAAAAAAAAAAAAGCAUGGCCAAAAACAAUUCUAGGAGGACAGGGUGGCUAACUAUCCAUCUGUACCUCUUGAAUGAUUUAUUCUCAUGAGAGAAUUUUACAUUAAAGCCCUGACCUCUCUUUUAAAACUGUAUGGUCCAGACAGAAAGUCUGUCAGUUUUGUGAUUUCAUAAUAAUGCACUUUAUAUUUUAUAAACAAUAGAAGCACAUUUCUGCUACUGGUCUGGUACAGUGUGUUUCAGUAUAACAUAUAGUCUACAUCGAUAUAAAAUGGCCUUCUGCGUGCAUGCGUGUCAGUGAUCUGUUGUAAUUACUAGAUCGUAUUACAUCGGCAUGAUGGAGGCAAACAGGCACCAUGUUGAAUUUAAUUUCCAAAUGCCUGUUUGUUUGUUUCAGAAACAUUGAGUAUUUUCCUGCUGACUCUGGCUGGAUUUUGAGGGUAAUCAACAUUUUUGAAAACCAAGCCACAAAUCUGUUUAUUUUACAAAUAUUUUAUUCCUACAAUGGUGUAGGUCUAGGUUAAAUGAAAACUGUCUCAUUUGUGGUUUGGUUGCCUAAUCGCCUCCGUCCCUAAAAAGUUAUUUUAGGGGACUGGAUUUUAUGUGGCUUGUACAGGGUUGGUAGUAGGCCAUUUGUGCUGAUUCUCUCAACUAAUGUUACCUUGUGGAAGGGGGUUGAGGCUGUUAAAGUACACAUCUAGAAAGAUAUUAAAAUAGAAUAGCGGUAUAAGAGAGUUCCAUAAUACAUUUAGAAUGCCUAGGAAGUACCAUAUGUAGCACAUUACACCAGUUCUGGUUAAACCAGCAACACGGUGAAAUGCAAGGAAGUUAUAGAUGAAAAAUUUGCAGAAAUGUCAUCCUUCUUCCUAUGCCCAGAACAAUGGGAAACAAAUAUAUUCAUAUGUUAAAACCUGAAAGGUUUAAAAAGUAGAGCAGUUUAAGAUACUAUUUCACUUGAGUUCCAUGCAUAUUUAAGGGGAGAAAGCCCUGUGGUUUAACAAUCUACUUGUCUAAGGGCCAGUUCACACUGCCUUUUCUCUUACAUGCAAGUGGUCGAGUUCCCUACUUAUCCAAGUACCUGGCCAUGCUCACCAAGGCAAAAGUAAUGCAUGCACCAGUAUACACCAGCACAGUGAACAGUUACUGUGGUUGCCAUAGUAUCUCUAUUUCUCAGCCCAACACAAUCAAGAGAAUUGCUGUGAGCUGUAUCCAUGUACUUCCUUUUUCCACACAAUACAUUUCUCCAGGUGAUUGUAUGCCUCCAGGCAGUUUGGGACCAUAUGCAUGUAGGAAAAAAACCAGGAUGAAUAAAUCCUAAAAUAUUAAUAUAUCUGAUUGUAUAAUUUAAUGUUAGCAGCAAUUGUAUCUUUAAUAUAUUCAUAUUAUUGUAUAUUAAUCAGUUCUCAGUGAAAUAUAUUUUAUCUGGAUUCCCUACCCAAUUUUAAAAUCAGCUUUUGCUAAGCAGAAAUAUCAAGUAAAUAUUUUGUUCACCGAGCUAUUUAAUCUAUUAGUUACCCCAUAUUUUCAAAAUAAUCCAUUUAAAAAAUGUUUUUAUUAGAUUUUUGGUACGGAACACAGAGAGACAGGCCUCUCAUUGUUGGGGGGG